GAAACCGUAGAAAGUGUGUACAAUUCACAUACUAUAUGAUGUAUAAUAAAAAUACUAGUACUUCUAAGUCUACGGAGUCCAAGUCGUUCGUAAACACGAACAAACAAAAUUGAAGUCAUAAUUUUUAGCGGAUAUUCCAUUGUGGCGGCGGCAGUCUUGCUGUUUACUCCGGUUGCAAGUUUUUCGUUUCCGCCAAACGCACACAAUCGACGAAAACAAACGGUUCCGUUUGCCUGAUCGUUACAUGUGUUCUAGUGAAACUUUAAUUGCAACGAUAUGCUGUCGAAGCACGAACAAUACGCGACACUUUUACUUUCCCGGCCGGAGACAUAACAAAAUCGGACGUUCGAUCGUCUGGAUCCGUCACUUACAGCGUCGAAGACAAUCCUUCAACACAACGCCGUGGCGUACUGUUAACAUUGCCGAUUUACCACCGUCUGUCCACAAGACUUAUAAAAGCGAAUAAAAGUGUAAUCGUUCCCAUACAGCAGGAAUCAUGCAACCGACAGGAAUCGCGUCCGUGUGUCUGCUGUUGCUGGCGAGCCGCGCGGCGGGACACGCGAUCGGCGAAAACCGCGGAGAGGACUACGACGACUCGACCGGAAUCGGCACAGACCGCAAGAGAGACGAGGCGCAUCAGCCGAGGGUUUUGGACAUGGAGUCGAUAUUUGCGGGUUUCGCCAAGUCGAUGAUCGGCCGGACUGGAUCUACCAGUAGUCAAAACCAGCACUGUAUAAAUCCGGGUGUAAAAAAGAGGUCCACCGGCCAGGGUUUCUGCAAAAUGUCUUCCCUGACCACCUUGUCCAGUCCCUGUCAGUUUUUCAAGAUGGCCCUCGGAUUAUGCGAUCUACCCGACAUUUUGAUGCUCAGCUUAAACAUGUCGAACGUGGUACUGAUGCUGGUUCUCAAAGGACUGAUCUGGGGAGCCUCGUAUAUGCAGGGCAACGGUGGCAAAGGUCGGAAGGAAGGGCCGGAUGCGGCGGGCUUGACCGGUGGCGGACUCCUGCAGGACGUGGUCAACGAGACGGAUUUACUGUUGUUCCUUGGAUAUUUGGUUGCCGAUGAGUCAGGUCGCUAUGACUGUCUGAACCGCGUGGCGUGUGAGCAACCGGCCAGGGCGGAGAGUUACCUGAAGAGCGCCGAAAUGGUCUGGAAAACGGCGAAAUUAUUGGACCCAGUGGUGCCGGUGGACGCGAAAUACGAGCGAAUGUUGAUCAAGUUGCAAGAAGCCAUUGAAGACGGUAGGGCAGACGGAGAUUGUCAGGCCAAAUACAAAUGUUCCGAGCCGACCAGCAACGAGGAUAACUUUAACCUGAUUUAAAGUGUACAGAUAUAUAGUCAUUGAGAGUAAUCGAUUUAUAUAGAUAAAUCGUAGGUACAUAUUAUGGUUAUUUUUUUGUUUUUGUUUGAGAUAUAUAUUUUGCCAAAUUUAAGUCUGAUUAUCGAAAACGCCGUGCACAGUCAUUGUAUGCAUUGGAUUAUUAUUGAAUAUUUUAUUCACGCAAUAAUGCACGUAAAACAAUAUAGCAUAGUAAAUAAUUAUGUUUUAUAUUAUUACAAAUUAUUAUUUUUUUUUCAAAAAUAUUUCUUUUUAUUCAAUGUGCCUGUAAUAAGUUUACUUUUUUAUAUUACUUAUUAUUCUAUUUGAUGAACAAUGACCUCAUUCAAAAUAAAAAUGCUAUUAUAUCUGCACGUUAAUUUCUAUCGUAGACCAUAACGAUUAAUGUAUACCAAUACUAUUGUAUCUACGAGUUUCAUUAAUUGAAUUCAUCAUAUUAUGACCUAUAUCCAAGUACUAUAUCUGAAAUAAAGAUUAUUGUUUUUU